AUGGAGACGUUGUCCCUGGAGCACCAGAUCCAAAGCGUGCAGCGACACAUCGCUUUCCUCAAGAAGGAGCAGAUGGAACUCCUCCAUGACUUGCACCUGGAGAUCCUCCGCUUGCAGAAGCACUGCACAGAGUUGACCCAUGAUCUUGAGAUGAAGGAAUUAGAAGCCAGCCAUCAAGAUAUGAUCGACCAGGAACUGGAAGAAAAGUGCAAGAUCAUGGAGGCGCAGCUGCACGAGAAAGAGAAGGACAACCUGGAGUUGCGCAAGGAGCUGAGGCAUAAGGAGACCUUGGUAGCGGCCCUCCGGUCCAACCUGAGGAACAGAGAGAGGAAGUUCCUGGAAGAGCUCAAGAGGAGAAGCCAUCGAGUCACCAUCCUGAACACGGAGCUGCAGAAGCAGACAGAAGCGGCCGCUUACCUCUCCUUCCAACUGCACGCUACCAAACAGAAGCUUCACAGCACCCGGCAGAGCGGCAAGCCUCCGUCUGACAGGCCUCCGGAGAAACCGUUCCCCCCUCAGCCUUGCAGUGAGGCCAGGCCCAAAAAACGGACCCAGAAGUCCCACCCCCGCCGGCCGGCCGCCGGCUCCUUCCACAACAAGGCGACCUUCAAGGACUUGUCGUCUCGGGACCGGCUAAGCUGCUUCGAAGAACUCGAGUCAAUGCCUGACCCGGCCCUUUUUUUAUACACGAAACGGCACCACGCUCCGUCUCACCAGCAGAGAUCAGAGCACAGGGCCUCGGCCAACAAAGCGGGGACUGACCAGAGUGGCCCCAAAGGGAGCCGACAGAGGCCUUCUCAGCAGCCCUCCCAAGAACCAACAGAAGCUGCAGGCGGCGUCAGAACUUUGGGCAAGCCCAGGCCGUCUUCCAAAGGGGAGCAGCACAAGCGGAAGAGCGCUAGCCCCCAAACUUCGAGAGACGUCGAGUAAAAGGGGC